AACGGAUGCCUUAAACUCGGUGACCGGAUUCUGGCAAUUGACGGGAUUCAGACCAGGGAGCUUACGUGCGAGGAGUCAAUGCGGCUGCUUUCGUCUUAUCGCAAUGGAAUUUCGCUCUUCAUUGAAUACGACGUUGCCGACGUUGGAGGUCGCAAAGGUACAGGUCCGUUCUCAGUGGAAAUUGAGAAACUUCCAACAGAGAAAUUUGGAGCGGAUCUAGUGGCAUUCGGUGAUUCUGCGCACGGCUACAGGCGACUCCUCAUAAGUCACAUUCGAGACGGCAGCAUUGCAGACAGAUGUGGAGUUCUAGAAGUUGGUGACUUGAUAGAAUCCAUCAACGAUCGUCGUUCAACUGACCUAACUCUCCACGAAGCCAUGGACCUCCUGGAAAGCACGACAGCAAAAUCGAUCAAACUUUGCGUGCUUCCUUCUCCAGAGUCAGCGGGAAAUCGAUCUCGAAACCCGUCGGGAAACAGAAAAUCCCUUGGAAAUCGACGGACUUUGCCUGAAGACACGGAAUUCAUGUGGAAUGAUAACACCAGGCCUGAAGAUGUGUCCGUCGGUUGGAAUAUUCAGAGUGGGGUUUCCGAGGAUCCGGAAAUCAACCACCAGGAUGGCACCGGGACUUCAAGGUCAUCCCAUGGGCGACAGGAAAAGACCCAUAAAAAGGCGACAUCGAGCCGAGUUAAAGCGUUCCCACAUCCGCAGCCCUUUUAUUUAAUGUAUGGAGCUGGUCUCUGCCGAACGGAAGAGGUUGAGGUAAUCCUAGAGGCCUCCCAACAACCAAUAGGACUGGACCCACGAAGAAGAACAGGCGCAACCCCAACGAAUCCCUUUGGCUUCAGCCUACAGCCCUCCAGACCCCAGUCACGACCUGACGAGCCCCUAACCAACUACCCCCUUAUCAAGAAUGUCAUUCCCGGUGGACCUGCGUAUCAGUCUGGCAUUAUUCAGCCGGGCGAUUCUCUUCUGGCCAUCCAAGGUGACUCCCCUCUGGGAAAGACUAUUGAUCGACUCACCUCGCAGUACCUCUGUCCCGCAGAAUUAGGAGGUCCUCGACGUCUGUCCAUCGUAACGCAGUACACCGUCGCGGAAAACGUGAUCCCAAGCUGCGGUGUCUUCGACGUGCGCAUCAUCAAAUGCUCAGCAAGUUUGGGAAUCAAUCUACAAGCUUCCAGAAAAAGUCGACCUGGCGAACCACUGUUGAUAAGCAAAGUGAUUCCAGGAAGCGUGGCAAGUAGAUGCGGUUCAAUUAGUCCGGGAGACAUCCUUCUAGCUGUGAACGGCUUCUCGUUGGAGGCCUGCAGCAUCACGGAUGCUGCCAGGCUGCUUCAGACGUCUGAGGAUAUCGUGACCUUGAGGAUAAAAAAGCCCCACGAUGACCUCAGCAUGCCGCUCUCCGAUGAGGGCCUACCCUCCUGCUCACAGAGCGACGCAGAUGUUGUCAAUGAUGACAUCCUUAGCCAGUCAGCAGACGACUCGGGUGCUCACCCACCUCCACGUCCGCCUAGACGCUACAGAAUGCCGAAACCCAAAAAAUCCCAACACAGGAGGUUAAUGAGGAUGCCCCCGGCUACGCGAAUGCAACUGCAUCAACAGGCUAGCGAGGUGGGAAGUGACCGAAAGGCUAACCAAUCAGAUAGUCUUUCGUCAGAUCGAUUUAGCGAGAAUAUGUGUUCAGACACCUUCUUCGAGGUGCACAAAGUACGUCUGACUCGUGCCCACCCUUCCUUUCCAUGGGGCAUUGUCAUAUCGGGGACCGAUGACGUAGUCGACGCCCCCGUCUUCAUCGAUUCGCUCACCCCCGGCAAGCCGGGUGCCCUGUCUGGCCUCCUUCGGCCCGGUGACAGGAUUCUCGCGGUAAACGAGGUCAACGCUACGGCCCCCAAGUUAGCCGGUGGGAGUGGCCUGACGCUAUCCAGUGUGAGGGCACGACUACAGCAACCAUUGGAGCACGUGACUUUGUACAUUGCGCGGAAGACAAGUCGAUCAGAUCUUCUCCAGAUCCCGGGUCAUGGUAGCAGUGAUCCAAUGAUCAAACAGUACUCCUGGGGAACAUCGUCUUCUUCAGCGACGGAUUUCAAUCGAUCUCUAGAGGAGGAUCGGGGGAAACCGUCGCCUCGACCGCCAUCAGCAAGCGCAGGGCAACUCAGGAAGCAGAAUUCAGCAUCGAAAUUGACCCAUUCGAGGCAGUUUCCAGCCCCACUGGCGUACAACAUCAAUCCCUGUAGCCGAGAUCCGACUAACAACUACUUCGAUGACUACGCGGCCAAUUUCCAACAAACAACACACCGGAAGGGUCAAGCCGCAGGUCGGUCAACAGGUGACCUUCCGGACGUUCCACGACAGACCGUGGACGCGUACUUGUCCAAGGACGAGGCGACUCCACGGCAUCAUCAUCACCAUCGACGUCACCAUCAUAGGAGUCAUCAACAGCACAGUCGACGUCGAAGAACUGGCGAUUCGUGGCACCCGCAGCAUCGCAGAGAGAACCUGGAGGAGGCGGAGGAGGAAGAAGAGGAGUUUGAGGCGGAGGUGGGGAAUGUCGAAGUGGAGGAGGAUGAGGAGGAGGCGAAUGACAACACCCGAUUGCGAAGGACGUCUUCCACGCUCAAUCUUGACGAAAUUGCCUGCCCUGGUUGUCGUGAAGCCGUCGCAAACGAGGUGCUAAAUCAAAAACGAUUGCUCAUGGAGCGCAGAGCUCCAGUGCGCGGACAGGUGUCUAGACGUCGACGUAAUUUGAAACUGCGAGGACGCAGUCUUGAAAUUGAUAACCCCGGUGACGACCCAGUUAGCGACACCUUCCAUCGCCGACCGCAUCUUCAAGCUAGCAACAGCUACCACAACCUGUACUCGCGCUCGACUGUGAAGCACUCUCGAUCCGACUCUCGCCUUAACAAAGACAGCUUGGAAGAGGGCGGUGACGUCAACGACGUCGUCGAAGAAGAAGAUGAUGAUGAUGAUGAGGGUUCGGCUGGCUCAUCCGCAUCGCGUUCCACAACCCCCAGCUUCUCCAACUCCUCGCAGUGUACAGUCUUCUCUAGCGGGGAGAAAAUUCUCACUACCGGAGUGCCUCUUGAGUCUUGUCAACUUCCAAGUUCCUCUUAUCGAGUCCUCACUCAGUCCUUGCACCAAAGUUUGAAUAUCUAG